AUGAAUAUAUAUAUCAGAUUAGGUUUAUUUGACUUUUAUCAGCCACAAAACUUUCCAAGUCGUUUCUUCUUUCUUAUUAUAUUAAUAUCAGCUACUUCCGCUAUUGUGACAUCGUUACAACGUUCAACCGAUAAACGUAUCCUCUGGAAAAAUUUUGUGGAAGAGCAGAAUCAGCGUGAAAAAUCAUCAAGAUUAAUAUCCUGUGCAAUGCCGUUUAUCGAGGAAUAUUUCGAAUAUUCGGAUCAAAUAUCGCUCUUGGUCUCGGACUUGCUAGACGACGCUUCCGCUCUCAUAAAGCCAUUGAUGACCAAAUUACCCGUAAGCGGCACUGUCUAUUCACUAUCAUACGUAGAGCCAACAGACGAAUUAGAAACGUACGAUGUUUCUAAAAACAUCGUUAUUCUAUCAAAGAGCGCAAUCACUCUCGAAAAAAACUAUACCUAUUUCGCCAAUUACUGCAAGCGCGAAUGCAGUUUUGUAAUAAUGCUAACGAAUCUAUUCGCCGACGAAGAAAGUUUCUUGAUAGAGGCCGGCGAGAUAAUAGAACAAAUGUCAUUGCACUACAUUUUCAAACUCGCAAUAUUGGCGUUAAUUGAAGAAUCAGUUUUGUUGGCCGGUAGCAUUCCGAUUCGGAUCGGCGAAUCGUAUAUGUUUGCCGAACCGGCGCUUCAAGGCAGAUGCCAAUGGCAGAGUAGCACUGCGAUUCGAUGGCAACGUUUCGAGAAAUCAUCGCCAAUCAAUGCCUCUGUGAACGCGGCGAUAUAUAUAAGGUUUCCGUACGCGUAUUUGAUUGGCGACAAGAAUAAUUUGAGGUUCGGUGGUAUCGAGGGCUCGAUGGUGGAAGAGAUCGCGAGUAACAUGAAUCUCAAAUUGAACAGAAGUGUGAUUACGUGGCAACAAAACAUUACGACCAAUACACAGAUGUAUCUAAGAUUUAAAAACACAAUCGACGAUUUGAUAUUUGGUGGUCGCCUGUGGAAUUCCAGUGAAAAGAUAGAUUUCAUGACUUCUUACGGUAUGGUGCAGGUUGUGUGGUUAAUACCAAUGAAAACGAACGUUUCCUUUCGUGGUUUAAUAACGCCGUUCAGCGCGAACGUUUGGUAUGCCAUAAUCAGUACAUUGUUCCUCAGCGGACUCGUAAAGCACUUCUUAAUACAUGACAUCUCAUUCCUGGAUAUGGCGGCCCUGGUUCUCGGCGUGUCCACCAAUCGACCGGACAACAUUUCCAGCAAAAUUCUAUUCAUAUCUUACAGCCUAUUCGGUUUCUUUCUUACGCAGCUUUAUCUAGGAUCGCUGGCCGAUCAGCUCCAGAGUGCGUCGGACAGUCAGAUAGAAACCAUGGAGGAGUUAGUUAAAUCGGGGCUACAGAUAGGUGGGACUCGACAAUUAGCUCAAUUGUUGGAGACGCCUGACAAAAUUAACAAAAUCGAAAAAACGAUUCGCGAAAAUCUUAUCGUUUUCCCACAGCAGGAUUAUACCGACUUGUUUUCAGAUAUUAUUGAUGGAAGUAAUACUAGUCUAGCCCUACUUGUGAUGUUAAAUCUGACCGAUAUACAAAGUAUGUCCAAAUUGGAAAACGCUCACAUUAUGAAAGAGAACGUGGGCAGUUAUCCGUUAGCCAUUGCCACUUGGCAGGGAUUCCCAUACUUGAAAGAAUUUAACUUUAAAAUACAAAUGCUCGUUCAAACUGGUCUCGUUCAAUUCUGGACAAACAUGGCAGCAUUGAACACAAGUUAUAUCACAAUGAAUGAUAGCAAAGACGAUAAUUACAUCGACAUAGACGAUCUUGCACCGGCCUUUCUUCUUUUGAUUAUAGGAUAUUUCGGUGGAUUUUGCUUGAUGAUUAUAGAAGUUAUCUUGUAUCCAUCUAAACUGCUCUUAUAA